AUGAGACGGGCGUUCGUGUCGCCUUGUGAAGAAGUCCUUGCUUCCUUCAGGACGCGGAAAAGUGCAGGUCAGCAUUCAGCGAAUGAUGCCAGGCAUCUCGGCGGCGCGAAGCGUCAGCAAGUCGAGCUGGGUUCUGUGUCGCCUGUUCCUGUGCUCUCUUUUGGUUCCGCGUCCUCGUCUAGUGUCUGUUCCACUGCAUCUCGGUAUUCGUUCUUUGUUCCUUCGGCUCCGCGCUCGGCGUCUUCCGCGUCGCAGUCUUCUCCCAGCGUCGGGCUACCGUCCCUCGGCUCGUCGUCGCUCGCGUGCUGUCGCUCUGUGUGUUGCUCACGCUCUCUUUCAUCUCCUCUUUCCACGGUCAGAAACAGCCUUUCUGAGAGGAGGUCAUAUCUGAGGAUCCGGCGAAACGAGAGGGCUGAAGCGCCAGCACAGCCAGGGUCUUCUUUCCCUCUGUCGUUCGGGUGUAUGUACACCCAAAGCCGAUCAUUCUGCGUCUCGUAUCCAUCCUCCAAGAGGCUGAGCGAUGUCGUGAAGCUGCCGCUCUUGCGCUUGAAAUCGAGAGAAGAAAUUGUAGACAUCUGGAACCAACAUUUUGAGAGCAAGGCGCUGACGGUCGCCGCGAGCCUCAGACACUUCGCCUUCGAGCGAAUGAUUUCCAACGCCCGAGCGGCUCCACACUUUGUUCUUCCGGUUCCCCGUGGAGAAGGCGGCGCUUCCUUCGAGGUCUUCUUUGUCCAGUUCCAAGGCGCGCGCACCUGCCUCGUCACGUCAAUGCAUGAGUACACGCAGAACCCGGGCCGCCCAUCUCCCUUUGUCGUCGUCACGUUCUUUGAUGAGCUCGGAAAGGAGAAGGACUUGGGCCUUGUUCAGGGAGAUAUUCUGCGGGGCGAGUAUCUCUCCAAAGACGAAGGCGGGCAUUUGGUCGCGCUCCUUCUUCGAUUUUACAGCGACCCGAACCUGUCGCGGUGGGUGCUCGACUUCAACUUGAAGCCCCGCGAGUUCUCUUUCGAGGAGUUCCAGCAAGCUAAUGCGCAGUUCUUUGAUCUGCCUCUGCAGACGCUGGCUCACCCAUGA